CACAAGAGUGAGAGAGGGCGCGAGCCCCAAGGCAAGCGACAUGUCCCUGUGGGGAGCAGAGCCUCUGCACCCCAGAGCGAGGAGGACGCCGGGGUCAGAGGCAGCGGCAAGGCGGGCAGAGGAGGGCCCUGCGGAGGGGGGUGGGCUGCUGGCCCGGGGGGAGCAGUCAGGAAGGGAGGCCGGCUGGUGACAGGAGAGCCCCGAGGCGCCUGGGGCUGCGUGGAGAGCCCGGAAGACCGCGGCCAUGCCUCACAGCUCCGACAGCAGCGACUCCAGCUUCAGCCGCUCUCCACCCCCCAGCAAACAGGACUCAUCUGAUGAUGUGAGAAAGGUUCAGAGAAGGGAGAAAAACCGCAUCGCCGCCCAGAAGAGCCGGCAGAGGCAGACACAGAAAGCCGACACCCUCCACCUGGAGAGUGAAGACUUGGAGAAGCAGAACGCGGCUCUGCGGAAGGAGAUCAAGCAACUCACAGAAGAGAUGAAGUACUUCACGUCGGUGCUGAGCAGCCACGAGCCCCUGUGCUCCGUGCUGGUGCCCAGCACCCCCUCGCCCCCCGAGGUGGUGUACAGCCCCCACCCCUUCCACCAGCCUCACGUCAGCUCCCCGCGCUUCCAGCCCUGAGCUCGCCCGAAGGAGGGCGAACAGAGAAUAGAGCCUCGAUCUCCAGCUGCUCCCGGGGCCUCGGGAGGGGCGCACAGACUGUAACCAGGUAGCCCUCCUCCCUCAGCGCCCUCUCUCCACCCAGAAAGCCGGAGGCUGAGGCCGGACCCCAGGAUCGAGAACCCGGGGACGGGAACUCGAGGCAGCUGGAAGUGUGUGCGGCCACCCGCAGCGUGGCCGCCCGCCGCCGGGGGCUGGGUGGCCUGGACCUUCAACUGGGUGGGAUACCCGACCCAGAGCUAGGUUAAGCAUGACGCCCAAGUCCGGUGACUCAGAGGAAGGAGGGUAAGGCAGGGCUAUUUUUCUAAAUAAAUGUCUUGAGAGAAACCAA